AUGGCUACUUUUUCACGUCUCAUCCGCUUCUUGGCUAAAGAUGGUCACAUCUACUACGGCGAUGCUCUUCUCCCAUCAGGAGUGAACGACAUUGCCAAGGUAACUCAGGCCAGAGUCAUCCAGGGUGACAUCUUUGGUCCGUAUCGUGUGACUGACCAGGUCGCCGAAGUGCGGAUGCUCCUGGCGCCGUUGGCGCGCCAGGACAUCGGCACUGUCCGCUGCUUGGGGCUCAAUUACGAGCAGCACGCGAAAGAGUCAAACCUGCCAAUUCCCAAAUAUCCCGUGCUGUUCUUCAAGCCAGUCACCUCGAUCGCCGGCCCGGGAGAUAAUAUCCCCGUCUCCCUUCUCGCCCAGGAGGGUGAGGGGCUGGACUACGAGUGUGAGCUGGUCGCUGUCAUCGGCAAAGAGGCCAAGAAUGUCCCGGAAAGCAAGGCUUUGGAUUAUGUCCUGGGAUAUGCCAUCGGGAACGACGUCUCCCACCGAGACUGGCAGAUCAAACGGGGCGGCGGACAGUGGGGACUUGGGAAAGGCUUCGAUGGUUGGGCCCCGUUUGGACCGGGCAUUGUCUCCUCCCAAGUCAUCACGGAUCCAAAUGCUCUCCAGAUCACGACCAAGUUGAAUGGCCAGACCGUUCAGUCGUCCUCUACCAAGGACAUGAUAUUCGGCGUGGCUCAGACGAUCGCCUUCCUGUCCCAGGGCACGACCCUUUUGCCUGGAGAUCUGAUCUUCACGGGAACCCCCCAAGGUGUGGGUAUGGGCCGAAAGCCUGCCCUGUGGCUGAAGGAUGGCGACUCUGUCGAGGUGUCGCUGGAGGGAGUGGGUUCCUGUGUGAACCGGGUGGUCUAUGACAAACCUGGCCCGAAGCUGUAA